UUGGGAUAAGGAGCAUGAAUCAGACGCAUGAAAUGGCCACAGAUGAUAAGAAUUCCCCAACAUCGGACUCCGCUUGUGAUUUGCCUCGAUCUCCUACUAGUCCUUCUCAUCUCACACACUUUAAACCUUUGACUCCUGAUCAGGACGAACCUCCUUUUAAGUCAGCCUAUAGUUCUUUUGUAAAUCUCUUCCGGUUUAACAAAGAGAGAGUAGAAGGGGGCCAAGGAGAACAACAGCCUCUGAGCGGAAGUUGGACCAGCCCUCAGCUCCCUUCAAGGGCACAGUCGGUGAGGUCACCUAUACACUAUAAAAAACAGCCUAAUGACGAUCUCCAGCAGCGAUCUUCAGCAGUAUUAGACACAAGAAGGAAAGCAGAACAUACAUUUGGAGGCCAUGACCCUCGGACAGCAGUUCAGCUUCGGAGCCUCAGCACAGUGUUAAAACGGCUCAAGGAGAUCAUGGAGGGGAAAAGCCAGGAUAGUGACCUGAAGCAAUACUGGAUGCCAGACAGCCAGUGUAAAGAGUGUUAUGACUGUAGUGAGAAGUUUACAACCUUUCGGCGCAGACACCAUUGCCGACUAUGUGGACAGAUUUUCUGUAGUCGUUGCUGUAAUCAAGAAAUUCCUGGAAAAUUUAUGGGCUAUACGGGUGACCUUCGAGCUUGUACAUAUUGUAGAAAAAUAGCCUUAAGUUACGCUCAUUCCACAGAUAGUAAUUCCAUUGGGGAAGACUUGAAUGCUCUUUCAGAUUCAGCUUCCUCUCUAUCUAUACUUGAUUCCAGUGAACCACGGACGCCUGUGGGGAGCAGAAAAGCCAGCCGCAACAUAUUUUUAGAGGAUGAUUUUGCUUGGCAAAGUUUGAUUCAUCCAGACUCUUCAAAUAGUGCUCUUUCAACAAGACUUGUAUCUGUUCAAGAGGAUGCUGGGAAAUCUCCUGCUCGAAAUCGAUCAGCGAGCAUUACUAACCUGUCACUGGAUCGAUCUGGUUCUCCCAUGGUUCCUUCAUAUGAGACGUCUGUCAGUCCCCAGGCUAGCAGAACAUAUGUUAGGACAGAGACCACUGAGGAUGAACGCAAAAUUCUUCUGGAUAGUGCUCAGUUGAGGGACCUGUGGAAGAAAAUCUGCCAUCAAAGUAGUGGAAUGGAGUUUCAGGAUCAUCGCUACUGGCUCCGGACACAUCCUAACUGCAUUGUAGGAAAAGAAUUAGUCAACUGGUUAAUUCGGAAUGGACACAUUGCUACGAGGGCGCAAGCUAUUGCUAUUGGACAAGCAAUGGUUGAUGGACGUUGGCUGGAUUGUGUCAGUCAUCAUGACCAGUUGUUCAGAGAUGAAUAUGCGCUAUAUAGGCCACUGCAGAGUACAGAAUUUUCUGAGACCCCGUCUCCUGAUAGUGACUCAGUGAACUCUGUGGAAGGUCAUUCUGAGCCAUCCUGGUGUAAAGACAUAAAGUUUGAUGACAGCGACACAGAACAGAUAGCCGAAGAAGGUGAUGAUAAUUUAACUAAUUCUGCCAGUCCUAGCAAGCGUACAUCAGUCAGCAGUUUCCAGUCCACAGUGGACAGUGACUCAGCCGCUUCUAUCAGCCUGAACGUGGAGCUGGACAACGUGAACUUCCAUAUCAAGAAGCCCUCCAAGUACCCACAUGUACCCCCUCACCCUGCUGACCAAAAAGAGUAUUUGAUUUCUGACAAUGGAGGACAGCAACUCUCAAUAAGUGAUGCCUUCAUCAAAGAAUCCUUAUUUAAUCGUCGAGUAGAGGAAAAGCCCAAAGAGCUGCCUUUCACCCCUCUGGGCUGGCAUCAUAACAACCUGGAGCUGAGGGAGGAGAAUGGAGAGAAGCAGGCCAUGGAGAGGCUGCUUUCAGCUAAUCAUAAUCACAUGAUGGCACUACUACAGCAGUUGCUCCAUAAUGAGUCAUUGUCACCAUCUUGGAGGGACAUCAUUGUGUCACUAGUGUGUCAAGUUGUUCAAACAGUCCGACCUGAUGUCAAGAUGAGGGAUGAUGACAUGGAUAUCCGUCAGUUUGUCCACAUCAAAAAAAUUCCAGGUGGAAAGAAAUUUGAUUCUGUCGUUGUCAAUGGAUUUGUUUGUACCAAGAAUAUUGCACAUAAAAAGAUGAAUUCUUGUAUCAAAAAUCCUAAAAUCCUUCUGUUGAAAUGUUCAAUUGAGUAUCUUUACAGAGAAGAAACUAAAUUUACUUGCAUUGAUCCUAUUGUGCUUCAGGAAAGGGAAUUCUUGAAGAAUUAUGUUCAGCGAAUAGUUGAUGUUCGACCCACUUUGGUUUUGGUUGAGAAAACUGUAUCUCGGAUUGCCCAAGACAUGCUUUUGGAACAUGGCAUUACUUUGGUCAUUAAUGUAAAAUCACAAGUUUUAGAACGAAUUAGUCGUAUGACUCAAGGUGAUUUAGUAAUGUCUAUGGACCAGCUCCUCACAAAACCACAUCUGGGCACUUGUCACAAAUUUUAUAUGCAGAUGUUUCAGUUGCCUAACGAACAAACCAAAACACUGAUGUUCUUUGAAGGCUGCCCUCAACACUUGGGCUGUACCGUCAAGCUUAGAGGAGGCUCUGAUUAUGAACUGGCCCGAGUUAAGGAGAUCUUAAUAUUUAUGAUUUGUGUAGCCUAUCAUUCUCAACUAGAAAUAUCUUUCCUCAUGGAUGAAUUUGCGAUGCCACCCACGCUGACACAAAACCCUUCCUUCCAUUCUUUGAUCGAGGGGCGGGAGGACGAAGGAGCUGCCCAGGAACAGUACAGCGGGAGUCCCCUUCCCCGGGAGCCAGGCUUCUCCGCAGAGUUUCUACCUUCCGAUGACGGUGGUUUGCUAGAAUCAAGGACUGUGUUGGAGAAGGGGGACCAAGAAACUAAAAGUGGUCCCCAGGAUGUUGCCUCCACCAAACAUCAAGAAGGCACCACAGCAGUCGGCCCACCAGGUAUCCCAUGUGCUUUCUUUCCACCCAUCCCCGAAUCAUUCUUGCCGCUGCCUGUGGAGAGUCAGCAGGAGAUCUUAUGUAGUGAAAUGUCGCAGCAAGCAGAUGAGCUGCAGGAUCCCAAAAGCCAGAUGAGAGCCUUUAGAGACCCUCUGCAAGAUGACACUGGGUUGUAUGUCACUGAGGAGGUGCCGUCUUCUGAAGAUAAACUAAAAACUUACUCCUGGGCCUUUAAGCAGGAACUGAAAGAUGUGAUUCUCUGUAUCUCCCCUGUAAUCACGUUCCGGGAACCCUUCUUGUUAACUGAAAAAGGGAUGAGAUGUUUUACCCGAGAUUAUUUUGCAGAGCAGGUUUACUGGUCUCCUCUUCUCAAUAAAGAGUUCAGGGAAAUGGAGGCCAGAAGGAAGAAGCAAAUGCUGAGGGACCUCUCCAGCCUGCAGGGCAUGAAUGGCAGCAUUCAGGCUAAGUCGAUUCAAGUCUUGCCCUCGCACGAGCUGGUGAACACCAGAAUUGCCGAACACCUGGGGGAUAGCCAGAGCUUGGGUCGAAUGCUGGCUGAUUAUCGGGCCAGGGGAGGAAGAAUUCAGCAAAGGGACUCCGACCCUUUUGCUUACUCCAAGGACUCAUCAGCUGCUCCAGGUAGCAAGUCAGGAAGCAAAGCUGAAGGUGACGAAGAGAAAGGGUUGAUGCCCACUGAUGCCAUGUUGUCGACAAAGGUGGACUGUCUGAACCCUGUGAACCACCAGAGGCUGUGUGUGCUCUUCAGCAGCUCUUCCGCCCAGUCCAGCAAUGCUCCCAGUGCCUGUGUGAGCCCUUGGAUUGUCACUAUGGAAUUUUAUGGCAAGAAUGAUCUUACAUUGGGGAUAUUUUUAGAGAGAUACUGUUUCAGGCCAUCUUACCAGUGUCCUAGCAUGUUCUGUGAGACCCCCAUGGUACAUCACAUUCGGCGCUUUGUUCACGGUCAAGGUUGUGUACAGAUAAUCCUGAAGGAAUUGGAUUCUCCAGUACCUGGGUAUCAACAUACAAUUCUCACCUAUUCCUGGUGCAGAAUCUGUAAGCAGGUAACACCAGUGGUUGCUCUUUCCAAUGAGUCCUGGUCCAUGUCAUUUGCAAAAUACCUUGAACUUAGGUUUUAUGGGCACCAGUAUACUCGUAGAGCCAAUGCUGAACCAUGCGGUCACUCCAUCCACCAUGAUUAUCACCAGUAUUUCUCCUAUAACCAGAUGGUGGCAUCUUUCAGUUAUUCUCCCAUCCGACUUCUUGAAGUAUGUGUUCCACUUCCGAAAAUAUUCAUUAAACGCCAGGCCCCAUUGAAAGUAUCCCUUCUUCAGGAUCUGAAGGACUUCUUUCAAAAAGUUUCACAAGUUUAUCUUGCUGUUGAUGAAAGACUUGCUUCUUUGAAAACCGACACAUUCAGCAAAACCAGGGAGGAAAAAAUGGAAGAUAUCUUUGCACAAAAAGAGAUGGAAGAAGGGGAGUUCAAGAACUGGAUUGAGAAGAUGCAAGCAAGGCUCAUUUCUUCCUCAGUAGAUACACCUCAGCAGCUGCAGUCAGUCUUUGAAUCACUCAUUGCCAAGAAACAAAGUCUUUGUGAAGUGCUACAAGCUUGGAAUAAUAGGCUGCAGGAUCUUUUUCAGCAGGAAAAGGGUCGAAAGCGGCCUUCAGUUCCUCCAAGUCCGGGAAGACAGAGACAAGGGGAAGAAAGUAAGAUAGGUACAAUGGAUGCAUCUCCACGUAAUGUUUCUCCAGGACUUCAAAACGGAGAUAAAGAGGACCGCUCUUUGACUACACUAUCUAGUCAGAGCUCCACCAGCUCUACCCAUCUCCAGCUGCCCACUCCACCGGAAAUUACACCUGAGCAGUCAGCCGGUGUGCACCCUGACCUUGAUACAACCAGCAGUUCUGAAGAUGUGUUUGAUGGACAUUUGUUGGGGUCCACAGACAGCCAGGUGAAGGAAAAAUCAACAAUGAAAGCCAUCUUUGCAAAUUUGCUUCCAGGAAAUAGCUAUAACCCUAUUCCAUUUCCUUUUGAUCCGGAUAAACACUACUUAAUGUAUGAACAUGAACGAGUGCCCAUUGCAGUCUGUGAGAAGGAGCCCAGUUCCAUCAUUGCUUUUGCUCUCAGUUGUAAAGAAUACCGAAAUGCCUUAGAGGAAUUGUCCAAAGCGACUCAGCGGAACAGUGCUGAAGAAGGGCUUCCGGCAAAUAGUGCUCUAGAUAGUAGACCGAAGAGCAGCAGCCCAGUUAGACUGCCUGAGGUCAGCAGCGGACAGACAAACCGCUCCACAGAAGCAGAUCUGCAGCCUCCACCAACCAAAAAGGCUUCUGGAAUGUUGUCCUUCUUCCGAGGGACAGCAGGGAAAAGCCCUGAUCUCUCUUCCCAGAAAAGAGAGACCUUACGUGGAGCAGAUAGUGCGUACUACCAGGUUGGGCAGACGGGCAAGGAAGGGACGGAGAAUCAAGGCAUUGAGCCUCAAGAUGAAGUCGAUGGAGGAGAUUCACAAAAGAAACAAUUGACAAAUCCACACGUGGAGCUUCAGUUUUCUGAUGCUAAUGCCAAGUUUUACUGUCGGCUUUACUAUGCUGGAGAAUUUCAUAAGAUGCGGGAAGUGAUUCUGGGCAGCAGUGAGGAAGAUUUCAUUCGUUCCCUCUCUCACUCUUCGCCCUGGCAGGCCCGAGGAGGCAAAUCAGGAGCAGCUUUCUAUGCCACUGAAGAUGAUAGAUUCAUUUUGAAGCAAAUGCCUCGCCUGGAAGUCCAGUCGUUCCUUGACUUUGCACCACAUUACUUCAAUUACAUCACCAACGCUGUUCAACAAAAGAGACCUACUGCAUUGGCCAAAAUUCUUGGAGUUUACAGAAUUGGUUAUAAAAAUUCUCAGAACAAUACUGAGAAGAAAUUAGAUCUACUUGUCAUGGAAAAUCUUUUCUAUGGGAGAAAGAUGGCACAGGUUUUUGAUUUGAAGGGUUCACUUAGGAAUAGAAAUGUAAAGACCGACAUUGGGAAAGAGAGUUGUGAUGUUGUCCUCCUGGAUGAAAACCUCUUAAAGAUGGUUCGCGAUAACCCGCUGUAUAUCCGUUCUCAUUCCAAAGCUGUGCUGAGAGCCUCCAUCCGUAGCGAUUCCCACUUCCUCUCUAGUCACCUCAUUAUAGAUUAUUCGUUGCUGGUUGGACGCGAUGAUAACAGCAAUGAACUGGUAGUUGGAAUUAUAGAUUAUAUUAGAACAUUUACAUGGGAUAAAAAGCUUGAGAUGGUUGUGAAAUCAACAGGAAUUUUAGGAGGGCAAGGUAAAAUGCCAACUGUAGUCUCUCCGGAAUUGUAUAGGACUAGAUUUUGUGAAGCCAUGGACAAGUAUUUCCUGAUGGUACCAGACCACUGGACAGGCUUAGGUUUGAAUUGCUGAGAUAUGAACACAAGUUUCGAAGUGGACCAAGAAGGAAAGAAAGGAGACUGAAUAAAAUGACCAAAACUAAGCUACUUUGAUUUAUCAUAUAAGUCAUUUUCUGUAAAGGCCUUUAAGUUUUGAAACUAUACAUAGGCUAUCAUAAAUGAUGGGCUCAAACUCUAAGGAUUUAUUUUUUGAUAUUACCAAUUAUCUAUCUUGAGGCUGGAAAAGUUGCCUGAAUAUUUUUGUGCUGAAGCUGAAUGUAGAUACAUUUCAAAGGGCUAAGGACAAAUUUUAUAAGUGAAAACUGGUUGUUGUUUUGCUAACCUUUUUGCUCAGAAUCAGUAUCUCUCUCAGAGACUGUGGUUCCCCUCGCAUCACAUUUGACUUAGAAGGAUUUCCUAUAUCUGAGGGGUUGGAGUGAUAGGAUAGUAGGUAGGGUCUUGCAUGCUGAGAUCCAGGUUUGAUCCCCAGCAUCCCAAGUGGUUCCCCAAGUAUCACCACAAGUCAUUCUUGAGUGCAGACCCAGGAGUAACCCCUGAGCCCAAAAAACAAACUUUCCCUCCAAAAAAAGAUUUAAUAGAUCUGUUAACUUUGUGUUUCUUAUUUGUUGAUGAUACAGGUGAUGUCUGAUACCAGGCAAGUUCAUGACCUCACUCAGAUUGCUUUAGGGUGGGGAGGAAAGUGGGGACCGGGAAUAUAUGGAGUAAAACUUCCAGGAGCAACUGCAGUGUGAUGACUCUUUGUUACCAGUAUAUAUAGCCAAUAGGGAACACAGGAUUUACCUGUCUGUGGGAAGAUUGAACAAAGGGAAGUGAAGGUCCUUACUGGUCAAGUGUAUGUGCAGCAUAUCAGGUUUGCAGAUGUGACCUAUGUAACUGGAGAAAUGUGACCUAUGUGACAGGGAAAACACAGGAGGUGGGCUCCAUGACGAUAUGCCAGAUUUCUCUCCCCCAGGUGGAGUGGGUCUGCUCAGCCUAGAGGGGAGUCUUUUUUCAGGGGCUCCGUUUGGCAUGCAUGAGAUUCUACCCUCUAAAGUGGCAAUUACAGUGGGGUCCAAGUCUCUCUGAAGGGCCCCAGCUACACUUAUUUCUUAUGGAACAGUUUAAUGUGGCCUACUAACAGUAAAUUGUCUUUGAGAAAAUAGCUUAAUCCCAAAUGUUUCCUUGUGUCUUCUGUCUUUAACAAGAAUAAUUUGAAAUUCAUAUAAAUUUCAAAUGUUAAUAUAUAAAUUUACAUGUAAAAUUUAAAUUGAUAUAAGUUUCGAUUGUUCCAUUCUUUGUGGAAUGAAAACUGUCUUAGUGGAAGGGGCAUAAGAAAUUUCCUUCUUAUGAGUGGUAGAUCUAUAUCUUAGCCACUUGAUGCUCUUAUUUAGACUACCGUUUUAGAAAUCAUUAUAUACAUUGUACUGUUCAGUAUUACAUAGUGAAGGACCUCUUUACCUCUUUUCAGUUUCAUUUUGAAACUUGGAGAGCACUAAUGAGAGCAGAAUGAGGAGGAAACUUUUUUCUUUAGAAUAAAGCAUAAUCCUAAGAAUAAUUGUUAAGUAGUACAGCAAAAUGUUGUGAACACGUUGCAUUGUAUAAAAAUGUUAUUUAUAAAUGUGAGAAUUUUUAAUGCCAUGACAACUUUAUGAAUAAUAAAAAGAAUUUGUUUCUUAUGUGAGCCUAAGAAAAACAAGGGGAGGAAUAUUGUAAGUCCUUUUAUAGUCUUGAAUAUUUUAAAUUUAUAGCUGUUCAACCUUUCUUACAAAAUGUCUUAAAUUUUUUUUUCUUGACUCUGCAGUCAAUGAUUUUCUAGUUAUGGCUUUUAUUAGAACUUGUAAACAGUAGGGUUGUUCUGGUUUCUGUGGCUUCGGCCUCUCCUUGGUAUUGUAUCUUAACCCAGUGACCAUAGUCUGUAGUCUUGUAGUCAAAUUAUUAGGGAAACGGUCAAGAACAUUUAGCUGUCAGAGAGAAACUGUCCUGGAGAAGCCUGAUGCUGCAACCUACCAGGCCAUUCAUUACUCCUCAAGUAUUAACUCGUUGACUUAUGCAGUAUUCAAACCAUCUCAUGCAAUGCCCUUUUCUGUUUGUUUGUUUGUUUGUUUGUUUGUUUGUUUUUGUAACAUGAAUACAGUGUAUUACAGGAAAACAAAUUGUAAUCCUGAGCAGUUUUAUUAAUGUUGCUGUGUCGGUUUUGUAAAAUAAUGUACAUUAUGUCUUUGAGGCAGAUUAAAUUUUAACUAGAGAGAUGGCACUGUAAAUCAGAUUAGCCUCUUUUAAUUUAAUAUGGAAAAUUCAAUUUAACAAUACUGAAAAUACUUAAUGUAACAUAUUGUAUAUUUUAUCUACUUUGGUUUAGUUAUUUUAUAUGAUCAACAUGUUAUUUAAAUGAUAAAUGCCUUGAUGUUUUGGAGACAGUACUGUAAAAUAAAACUGACUUAAAAUAAACAAUUAAAACUGAGAAUCUA